AUGGCUGCUUCGGAAAGAAAUGGACCGUCUUCGUCUUCCACUACUGCAGGUCAGAAACAGCGUCUUACAUAUAAGGUCUGAAAAACAUCUUUUUAGAAGGCGCAAGGUUUUUCAAAUUUUCCUUUUUGAUGGCAAAGAAAACUGAUGGCGAGCAGACUGAGAUGACAGAAGAUUUCAGGAAAGUUUUCACGAUGAUAUAAUAUUUUUAUUGUUGAGUAAAAUCUUCAGGACUGUCAACACUACACGACAUAUGAUGAGGCGGUUACAAAGCUUGUCGCCCAGCUUGAAGCCUGCUACUUACCAGGGCGCGACGUUCGUUCUUUCUUUCAAUAAAGAUAGUCAUUAGAAUGAAAGGAUCCUGAUCAACGAGAGAGAAAUAUUCAUGUACACAGUUGACUUAUAAAAAAUUGCAGCCCAUUCUGCGUUAGCUUGUCCCUUUUUUUUCUGACCGAAAUACCGUAUGUCACAGACCAAGAAGCGAAAGCGCAAAAGUUUUUUGGUCUUGAAGCGAAGCGCGUGAAAAAACGUUAUAUACCGUAGUUCUCAGAUAUUAAAAACUUAACAACUCGCGAGGAGUUUUUUUUAGCUCAUUCCGCGCCAGCUUUUCUCGAUUUUCGUUUUCUUCUGAGCUACAAAACCCUUUUCUUCGACGCGUCUUUAAUGUAAUGAAAUUUUUCAAACCAAAUUAAAGGCGCAUGCACAGCAAUAGGCCGCGCGCUCAAAACGGAAUGAUUCUGUAGCUCGGAGGGAAACGAAAAUCGUGAAAAGCUGACGCGGAAUGGGCUAUAUCGACUUUUCGAACAGAAGUUUUUUAAAUUUGGAUUUUUCUUCUUUCUAGAAUUGAAGAGUUGAAAGAAAGCUGAUCAAAACUGAACCCAAAAGUCUCAUUAGUAUCUUCAUUUACUUCUCGAAAGACUCCUCAAUCGAUUACCGUUUUAAUGUUUUGACUGGAAAAAUAAGGCUUGUUUCAGCCCAAUAUUUUUGACAAAGAUGAACCGCUAUACAAGCUAUCCAUGGCUCUUCACGAUUACAAGGUGUUUUAUUUUCAACGAACAGUUAUCGAUUUUUUGUUUUAUCAACUCCAGAAAUAUUUCCAUGGUGAAGUACAAACUUCAUUAGAAAGGAGAGCCAGUAACAUUUCUCAAGCCGUCAAGAUUAAACGCAUUUGUCAGGUAAUAACUUUUUCUCUAAAAAUACCUGAAUUUACUUAUGACAAUCAAAUUUGUUUUAACGAAAUAACGCUUCUAGAAAUAUCAACGGGUUUAGAUCAGAGAAUGUCUAGGUGAGCUAAUAUUUCAGAAUGUGUCUUAUAAACAUCUGUUUCCUCUUUUUUAUUGAACAGGUCAAAAUAGUCGGAAGCUUAUAUUGCUGGAUCUCUCAUUUUUCUAAUUUUAAAUCUUCAUCGGUUGUCAGAAGGAUCAGCGGUACACUUUGCGGCAUCUGCGAAGGUUUCCGGUCGACGAUUACCCCAAGUUCUGCGCUCAGAAGAAGGCCUUCGACACGUGAUCUCCUCCUCGGUCCAAUCACAGCAAGCUGACUUUCAGGGCUCGCGAGCGGAUGGACAACGCCAAGAUGGAGAUCCGACAGGCGAAGACUACGGCGCAGAUCGAGAAAAAGGCCGUGUGCUACCAGAUGGCUGUCGACGACUUCGACGUGCAGACAGAGGGGGUUGCAUCGGAAGUUGUGUACGUCGAGAGCAACAGCUUCAGGUCAUCAAGUGGUUUGACGCGCUGCCUAAGCUCAAGGCCGCGCACAACAACGACAUCAUCCAGCUUCUCGGCAAGCACUGCAUCUAUCAUCGCCAUAUGCACGCUUACUACAAGUAA